AUGGCUCUGAGGCGCCUCCUGCCUGCGCUGCGCCCCUACAUUCCCCGCUUCGCCCCACUGUCCACGGCGCCAGCCGUCCGCGAGCAGCCCGCCGCGGGCCCAGGAGCCCUGCCGGGACGUGGGUCGGCCAAGGCAGUGCGGCCACCAGUGCCCGCCGUGGACUUCGGCAACGCGCAGGAGGCGUACCGCAGCCGGCGAACCUGGGAACUGGCGCGCAGCCUGCUGGUGCUGCGCUUGUGCGCCUGGCCCGCGCUGCUGGCGCGCCACGAGCAGCUGCUGUAUGUUUCCAGGAAAAUUCUAGGGCAGAGGCUAUUCAACAAGCUCAUGAAGAUGACCUUCUAUGGGCAUUUUGUAGCCGGUGAGGACCAGGAGUCCAUCCAGCCCCUGCUUCGGCACAACAGGGCCUUCGGUGUCGGUGCCAUUCUGGACUAUGGAGUAGAGGAGGACCUGAGCCCCGAGGAGGCAGAGCACAAGGAGAUGGAGUCCUGCACCUCAGCUGUGGAGAGGGAUGGCAGUGGGACAAAUAAGCGAGAUAAGCAAUACCAGGCCCACCGGGCCUUCGGGGACCGCAGGAAUGGUGUCAUCAGUGCUCGCACCUACUUCUAUGCCAAUGAGGCCAAGUGCGACAGCCACAUGGAGACAUUCUUGCGCUGCAUCGAAGCCUCAGGUGGGGCCCCCUCUUUGCUAGCUAUACCCCCGCCAUGUCCCAGCCUGAGUGGACCCCUGGGCUCAUGGAGGUGCUGGUGGGUGAAUGCCAAGCUGGGGCAGGAGCCAGAGGGCUGGGUUCUGGUCAUACUUGGGUGCCUCACUGUUCGACCCCUUCCUUAG